GGGAAAAAGAGAAGAAGAGGAGCUGAAGUUGAAGAAAGAGGGAGAGAGGGUUUACGAUUUCCCUUUCGUCUACAAGACUGCCCUCCGUCAUCGCCCGAAAGCACCAGGCCAUCGCAAUGAGUGCUCUACAGUACCUUGAGUCUCAGCGCAACGCCCAACCUGAGCUUGCGGAGUGGUACACCUCUCUGGCGGAUCUGUACCAGAAGAAGCUAUGGCACCAGCUUACUCUCAAGCUCGAGCAAUUCGUUGCUCUCGCCGUCUUCCAGGCUGGCGAUGCUCUCAUACAGCUAUAUCACAACUUCAUCACGGAUUUUGAGACAAAGAUCAAUCUCCUUAAGCUUGCCCACUUUGCAGUCGUUGUUUCCCGUCAGUAUCAAGAGAAAGAGGCUGCCAUUGGGUAUCUUGAUGGGGUGAUUGAAAAGCUCCAGGCGACUAGGGAGUCACGUAUAGAGGAGCCGAUACUUUAUAUUAAGAUGCAGGUAGCCAUAUUUAAGCUUGAGCAAGGUGAUCAAAAGGAGUGCAAGAAGCUUCUAGAAGACGGGAAGAGUACACUGGACAGCAUGACUGACAUUGAUCCGUCAGUGUAUGCCAGUUAUUACUGGGUUUCGUCACAGUUCCAUAAGUACCGCCAAGACUUUGCUGAUUUCUACAGAAGCGCACUUCUGUAUUUGGCAUACACAUCAGUGGAGUCCCUCUCUGAUUCAUUCAAGCUGGAUUUGGCAUUUGAUCUGUCUCUUUCAGCGCUUCUGGGAGAUAACAUCUACAAUUUUGGAGAGCUGCUUGCACAUCCUAUUGUAAGAGUUUUAAUGCUUUGUUUGUUUCUGAAAGUUAGAAUAACUAAUGAAUGCUAUCGUGCCACGACUUUGGAGGCUGUGAUAAAGAGUCUGCUAGGAACACAAGUGGAGUGGUUGUACUAUAUUCUCCAAGCAUUUAAUGCUGGUGAUUUAGUUCGGUAUCAAGAACUAUGGCAUGUGCAUGAGUCUGCACUGAGAUCUCAACCAGCGUUAGUUGAAAACAAGAACAAGCUCCUGGAAAAGAUAAACAUUCUGUGCCUUAUGGAAAUCAUCUUUAGUCGCCCAUCUGAAGAUCGGACCAUUCCAAUGAAGGUCAUUGCGGAGCGUACAAACCUCUCAAUUGAAGAGGUGGAACAUCUCCUGAUGAAGAGUCUCUCUGUUCAUCUGAUUGAGGGUAUAAUUGACCAAGUGGAAGGGACAGUGUAUGUGUCAUGGGUGCAACCGCGUGUUCUUGGGAUUCCACAAAUCACGUCAUUGCGAGAUCGUCUGGAUGGCUGGUUGGGUAAAGUGCACACAGCAUUGUUGUCCAUCGAAGCUGAAACGCCUGAUCUGGUAGCUUCAUAAAUCCUUAGGGUGGGCUGUUUUCUCUUCUGGUGGGGGUCUGUUUGAUUUGCAUUUCUGUCCCAUUUGUACGUACUUGAUAGUGUGCUGAGGAAAGGGAGAGACUAGUGGUAGGUUGCUUUGCUUGAACAGACAGACAAGGCAACUAUGUACUGUUUCCUUUUUUUUUGGACAAUCCUCUUGCACCUCAGUUUCUUGAAAACGGGGUCGCGAUCACCUCUCUGCGUGUGGCCUUUUGAACUUGAGCUUAUGUUUAUUAGCGGCUUCACUUGUGUGGUGGGAAGACCAGAGGACAUUAGAACUGAUGGCAUUGUCUUCCGCAGAGGUGUUUGUUACCCAAAUUAGCAUUGCAUUUCAUUUCAUUUCUGAAACAGUUGAAGGCUACUGCUUUAAUCUUUUAAGUCUUUACGUUCACC